AUGGAACUUCUUUUGCUGGUUAUAUCUUCCUUAAUUUUCUUAUUCUUCCUCCAUGGUCUCGACAUCUACCGUAGAAGAAGACUACCUCCAGGUCCUGUGGGGCUCCCCAUCAUCGGAAACCUUCUUGAUAUUGGACCCAAACCCCAUGUAUCCCUAGCCAAACUCUCCAACAAAUAUGGUCCACUCAUGACAAUCCGGUUGGGAAGUAUAACCAGCGUGGUGGCGUCUACACCCGCCGCCGCCAAAGAAAUCCUCCAACGCAAUGACGAGGCCUGCUCCGGCCGUGUUGUCUCAGACGCCGUCACCGGCAUCCAAAACCAUGACUCAGCGAUCCUAUGGAUCUCCGCAAACGACGAGUGGCGAACCAUACGGAAAGCCCUCAACACUUACCUCAUCCACCAAAACAAACUAGACACCCUCCAAGACCUUCGCCAGAACGUGGUUGACGGGAUGAUGAAGUAUCUGCGAGAGUCCGGUGAGAAGAAGGUGGUCGUAGAUAUCGGAAAGUUGGCAUUCGCAGCGGCGCUCAACAUGAUGUCGAACACAAUCCUUUCGCAAGACGUGACCAACUAUGAGUCCGAUGAUAUUGGGGGGUUCAAGACGGCGGUGAAGACAUUGAUGGAGGUGGAUGGGAAGUUUAACAUAGCAGACAUAUUUCCGGUGUUGAAACGGUUGGAUCCGCAGAACAUAAGGCGUCAAGCGAAGGUUGCUCAUGAUUGGUUCGCUAAAUUGACAGGGUGUUAUAUAAGUGAGAGGUUAAAGCAUCGAAUGUCGAACCUCGGGAGGUAUGGUGAUAUGUUGGAUUCGCUGUUGAAUUUCAGUGAAGAUGAUGAAGCCAAUUUCAGUCUCGUACACGUCAGGACCUUGCUUGUGGGUCUCUUUUUAGCAGGGACAGAAACAAGCUCAAACACAACAGAAUGGGCAAUGACUGAACUAUUGCUUAAUCCUGAUAUAUUCUUAAAGUACGUGAAGAAGUAUCAGCAACAAUAG